AUGUCCACUUUCCGCAGGCCGAUCUACGUGAAUCCCAGCUCGUCCACGACCACCUCGGCGGCCUCCCCGGGGGCGCUGGCCUUCCACCAACAAUUCCCCGGCUAUGCGGCGAGCCCGCUGGUGCCGCUGCCCGCUGUGGCUGAGGAACUAGGAGUGCGUGCUGUCUACCUCAAGCAGGAGAGCGACCGCUUCGGUUUACCCUCUUUCAAAGUCCUGGGGGCCUCCUGGGCCAUCUACCAGGCCAUCCGCUCGUUUGUACAGUUACCAGAGGGUACAUCACUUGGCACCUUGAUCGAGCGGGUGCGCGCACAGUCCGCGCCCAUUACCCUGCUCGCGGCCACUGAGGGCAACCAUGGCCGUGCUGUGGCCCGCAUCGCCCGGCAGAUGUCGCUCCAAUGUCACAUCUACGUCCCGUGCACAAUGCACGCCUACACUCAGGAAAAGAUCCGCUCCGAGGGAGCCGAAGUCAAAGUGGUGGACGGGGACUAUGACCACGCCGUCGAGACCGCUGCCACGGCCGCCAACCAAAUGUCACAGGGCAUCCUGGUGCAGGAUACGGCGCUAGAGGGCUACGAAGAGAUCCCGGCCUGGGUGGUGGAGGGCUAUGCCACCUUGCUCCAGGAAGCCGACGCCCAGCUGCACGCCCUGGGCCUGCAGAACAGCCUCGUCGUGGCCCCGGUGGGCGUGGGCUCCUUCGCGGAAGCUGUCGCCACAUACUAUAAGUCGCGCGACACGCCCGCCACCGUCGUAGCCGUGGAGCCGGAUACAGCGCCUAGCCUGACGCACAGCUUGCAACAAGGCCAUCCAAGCUCCGUCAUCACUAGUCCCAGCAUCAUGGCCGGCAUGAACUGCGGCACGGUAUCAUCCGCCGCCUGGCCCCUGUUGCGGCAGCUAGUCGACGUUAGUCUCACCAUUUCGGACUGGGAGAGCCACUGCGCCGUGCAAGACCUGGCUGCCCAAUCCAUCGACUCCGGUCCUUGUGGUGCUGCUUCCCUGGCUGCCGUCCGCCGGCUGAAGGCGGAGGCUUCACCGACCUCGACUUUCUUUUCCCCAGAUUCCGUCAUCCUGCUUCUCAGCACGGAGGGCUCUCGCCCCUACAAGGUCCCAAUGGAUGUCUCCGUGGAUGAUCCGGUGGCGCUGACACAGGUGCUCACGCGGAUCAACUCCUCCAAUCCCACGUUGUCCAAGACACAGGGCGCCGGAGAAUCGGCCAUUACCAACUACCUCUGUGCCUGGUUCGCCCAUCGUGCCAUCGAGCACCAUCGCAUCGAGACGGCGCCCGGACGACCUUCGGUGGUGGGCAUCAUCCGCGGCUCCGGCGGGGGAGCGUCCGUCAUGUUGAACGGACAUGUCGAUACAGUCAGUCUGACCACCUAUGAUGGCGAUGCGCUCACAGGCCAUCUAGGGGUGAAAGAUGGAAAGACGGCCGUGUUUGGUCGCGGCACGUUGGACAUGAAGGGUGGUCUGGCGGCCGGGCUCUCAGCCCUUCUCGUGGCCCGAGAGCAACGACUGGCUGGAGAUGUGAUGGUCGCAGCGGUAGCAGACGAGGAAGAUGCUUCGCAGGGCACCCAGGACGUGAUUGCGGCAGGCUGGCGGGCUGAUGCGGGGAUCGUCCUCGAGCCGACUAACAUGGCCAUCGCGCACGCGCACAAGGGCUUUGUGUGGGUAGAAGUGGAGAUCUUGGGCCGAGCGGCCCACGGGUCCCAGCCAGCCGAUGGGGUGGACGCCAUCUUGAACAUGGGGCACCUGCUCCAGGCAUUGCGUGAGUAUCAGACGCAACUGCCCAUUGACCCGGUGCUAGGACGGGGGUCACUGCACUGUGGAGUCAUCCAGGGCGGAGAAGAAGUCUCCUCGUACCCUGCCAGCUGCACACUGACUCUGGAAUACCGCACUGUGCCGGUGCAGACCAAUGAGAUGAUCCUGGCUGAGCUGGGUGCCAUCCUAAAGCGACUAAGUGAUGAGCAUCCCGACUUCCAGUAUCGAGAGCCGCGCAUCACGCUUUGGCGCCCCAGCCAGCAUGUUCCCAAGGAUCAUCCCGUGGUGCAGCAAUUGGUCCAGCUGGGCACCGAGGUUGUCGGACAACCUCCCCGGGUCCAAAGUGCCCCGUUCUGGUGUGAUGCCGCAUUACUCACUGAGGCAGGGACCCCAAGCGUGGUGUUUGGCCCAUCGGGGGCAGGCUUGCACUCGCGCGAAGAAUGGGUGGAGGUGGACAGUAUGCGCGAGCUGCGGGAGAUUCUGGGGCAGUUUAUCCAGCAAUUCUGUGGCUUGUCCCUAGCUUACCUCCCUCCCCACGUCAUGGCCAACUCCUCCGACGCUCCCCCGCCAUCCACCGACGACGACCACUGGGCGCAAUGGCUGCCCUCCGUCUACCCAGAUGCCCUCCCGGGCGUGGUAGACGCGGAGGCUCUCUCAUCUAUGACUCCUCAGUUGCAGGAUGACUGGGGCUCACUGGAGAUGCUUUCCAGCGAAAACCUUUGGUCGACGCAGCCGGAUUCCACCAACGACACAACGAUCAUCCCCCCGCCCGAUGACUUUGUCAAUGUCUCUCAGUGGCUCGCUGGCGCAUAUAGUCCCCCUGUCCCCUGCAUGUACUGUCAACAGCACCGACUGCAGUGCCUCAUCAUUCGCACCACCCAGGCCAAUCCGAACCCCGUCACAUCCUGUUCCAGUUGCGUCGCCCUCUUCCGUGAAUGCAGCCUCGCCCGCGGCGAGAAGCGCCAUCCUGCCGGCUUCGAAACCGUCUUUCCCGUGUUCAAUCAUAUGCAUGGCGUCACCGAGUGGACCGAGGAGGAGCUAAAGGAAGAGGACGGACAGCACAGGCCACGGUUUUCCCGAAAAGGUGCCAAAGUAUUGCGGGAUUGGCUUUAUCGGAACCAGCAUGCUCCGUAUCCCACAGACGAACAGAAGGCAGCAUUUGCCCAGCAGACCGGCCUCACCGAGAAGCAGAUCUCCACCUGGUUUGCCAAUGCCCGACGGCGCCAUCGUAUGGCCCACCGCACCUCCCGACCGAGUCAGAUCUUCCGCAGCGGCUCCCCAAUGCCCACUUCCCGAUCGCCGGCCCUGACUCCAAUGGAACGCUGGCAGCGAUCACCACCGGACCAAGAACCCGUAUCAGAGUCGGCUAUUCAGCAAGCUAUUGCCGCCGCCGGCACUGAUGCCGCCUGGGAUUACCCCAGCACCCCUGGCGGCGCGAGUCCCAGUUCUCGCCACUUCGCAUCCUCCAUUUCGAGUAUCGACAGUGAACCGUCGCAGGCGUCGUCCGGGAGCUUCUCAUCCGCCUGGAGUCAUCAGUCCGAGAGCUUUCUGCCGUUCCCCCUGUCGGAUGGGUGGCCGCGAUCCCAUUCCCGUCGCAGACGGCCCAGGCGCCAGUCGGCCGCGGGGAGCCCAUAUCAGUGUACUUUCUGUGUGGAUAUGUUCAAGAAGAAGCAUGAUUGGGUCCGUCACGAAAAGAGUGUACACCUGUCGUUGGAAUCCUGGAUAUGUAGCGUGGGAUCGGGCGCUCUGGAUCUGGUUGGCUCGGACGUACUACAAUGCGAUUUCUGCGGAGCCUCUCCACUUACCGAAUCUCAUUUCUCGACCCAUGAGUUCGACGUGUGCGCUGAUCGCCCGCUAUCAGAACGUUCCUUCCGGCGUAAAGACCAUUUGAUCCAGCACUUUCGCAAGUUUCAUCACUGUACCACGGUCCCUGCCUUACGUGUGGAGGCUUGUCGCGUCGUGACGAAUGAUGUGCGAAGCCGCUGUGGGUUUUGUCAGCAAAUUCUGUUGACGUGGGCAGCACGCGCGGAUCAUUUGGCAGAGCACUUCAAGAACGGACAGCGCAUGGCGGACUGGUCGGGUGAUUGGGGGCUGGACCCCUUGUACCAGGCCAUGUUGCGGGAUGCUGUCCUGCCCGCGGAUCGGUCUGUAUACGUUAAGGGGGGUUCUUGA